AGAUCAUCCUCCUGCCGAUCAACUUCCAACCACCAACGUCGCGUGUUAACUGACCACCAUGUCCACCGACAAGAAAAACAUCGUCGUCGUAGGAGGCUCCUACGGGGGCAUUUCCAGCGCCCACCACAUCCUCAAACACACCAUUCCCCAACUCCCCGACAAAUCAACCUACCAGGUCAUUCUCGUCAGCCCGUCCACCGAAGUCGUCAACCGCCCAGCCUGCCCGCGAGCCCUAAUCUCAGACGACAUGUUCCCCCAAGACAAGCUCUUCGUCUCCAUCCCCAAAUCCUUCGCCCAAUACCCAUCAGAGAACUUCCUCUUCCUCCACGGCACAGCCACGCACCUAGACCACACGAACCGCCAGAUAACCAUCUCCCUCGUCACCAACGAAACCAACACUCUCACCUACUACGCCCUCAUCGUCGCAACAGGCGCCUCCACCCCCUCCCCCCUCCUAGGCCUCACAAGCGACACCCCCUUCCUCCGCCAAAGCUGGACCGCCCUGCGCCAAGCCCUCCCCAACACCAAAACAAUCCUCAUCGCCGGCGGCGGGCCCGCAGGCGUCGAAACAGCCGGCGAACUAGGCGAGCACCUCAACGGCCGCUCUUCCUCCCCUGCCACCGCCAAAGUGCGCAUCACGCUGGUGACGUCUGGCCCGCAUCUGCUGCCCCAUCUGCGGCCGUCUCUCGCCGCGCGCGCACAGUCCCUCCUCGCCAAACUCGGCGUGACCGUCUUGACUAACACGCGCGUGGUGUCCAUUGACCCCCCCGCCGCGGGCGCAGCAGACACCCAUCUGACAGUGCCAACAACAGUCACUCUCGACGACGGCCGCACCCUCACCGCAGACCUGUACAUCCCCGCCACAGGAACAACCCCAAACACAGGCUUUCUAGACGCGUCACUCCUACGCGCCGACGACAGACGAGUCGAAACCAACCCCUCUACACUACGCGUCGAACGAGCCGGCACAAGAGUCUACGCCAUCGGCGACUGCUCGACGUAUGCCCGACCGGCGGUGCACAACAUUGUUGCUGCGGUGCCUGUGUUAGGGGCGAACGUGCGGCACGAUCUGCUGAUCGCUUGUGGGAGGGAUGAAAGCACGGUGGGGGGCGAUAAGAUCUUCAAGGAGGAUACACGCGAGGGUCAGCUUGUGCCGAUUGGGAAGAGUAAGGGUGUGGGGGCUUUGAUGGGGUAUAAGGUUCCGGGGUUUGUGGUGUGGUUGAUGAAGGGGAGGGAUUAUUGGAUGUGGAUGGUGGGGGGGAUUUGGAGUGGGAAGCAGUGGGCUUAA